CUGGUGGCCACCCAGUUCGAAUCUGCGUCAGCACGCAAGGCCUUCCCAUGCUUUGACGAGCCGAGGGUGAAGGCUAGUUUCAACCUCACCCUGGAGACUCCACCAGGUUUGGCAGUGCUGUCCAACAUGCCGCCAAGCCCGGACCAGCCAUCGCAAGUCACUGCGUCGGGACGGGCGCUGUCGGUGUUUUCCCGUACACCCCCCAUGAGCACCUACCUGUUGGCUUUCACCGUGGGGGCUUUGGAGGGGAAGCAGGGGCCUUGCAACGACAGCAAGUCGACCCCCGUGUCCGUUUGGGCGACUGAGGGCAAGAUAAACCAACUGGACGUGGCCCUGGAGGCGGCGUGUGUUGCCGUACAGACGUACGAGGCGGCGUUUAACAUGUCGUACCCCUUGCCUAAAUUGGACCUUGUGGCCCUGCCGGACUUCCAGGCGGGCGCUAUGGAGAACUUUGGAUGUAUAUUCUUCAGGUGGGAGAAGUUGUUACUGAAGGCCGAUUCGGAUUCAGAUCUCGACGUGGGCAGCGAGAUCGCCAUUGCCGCCACCGUGAGCCACGAGAUCUCCCAUCAAUGGUUCGGAGAUUUAGUGACUAUGGCGCAAUGGGAGGAGCUCUGGCUUAAUGAGGGUUUCGCGUCGUACCUAGAGAUUAUGGGAGUCGACGCGUUCCGGCCGCAGUACGGUUUUUAUCAAUUAUCGUACACCAGCAUGACGGCGACUGCGUUGUCGUACGACGUGCUGCCGUCCGUACACGCUCUGAGCGCUGCUGCUCCACUGACGUCAGUGGCUGACAUUGAGGCGAUGUUUGACGACAUUAGCUAUGAAAAGGGCGGUGCUGUGCUUCGAAUGGUGCGCGCCUUCCUGGACGGCAAUCUGUUGACCAACGGU